AUGUCGGGUUCCAAGCGCGUCAAGCGAGGAACAACGUGGCCGAACAGAAAGAAGUCUCAAGAUCGGGCAGAUACGGAGGGGAAAACCGUGGAGACAGUGAAUGCUUUGUCAUGCCAGGAGUUCUUCCGCAAGUACGACCCGCACGAGGCGCGCCUGAAGUUGUGGUCCAGUGACCCAAAGCUAGAUAGUGUGGGAGUAGAUGAUGCUGCGAGCCUGUCGGAGUCUCGGCGGGAGAUAUGUCUGAGGUUGAUCGAGCACACCAGUGCUCAUGAUUACGAGAACUCGGACUUUGGGUGGUCGGUCAGCAAGAAGAGGAAGGAGAUGAAGCUGCCGGACAUGAAAUACAUCACGCUUUUCGGCGAAAGCACGCUGGCUGGCUUCGUGUCCUUCAUGGUCACGUACGAAGACGGCUGCGAAGUCCUCUACAUAUACGAGAUUCACUUCUUUCCACAGUGGCAGGGCAAAGGAUUGGGCAAGCAGCUGAUGGAUUUAGCGGAACAAAUUGCCCGCAAUAUCGGUCUCGCGAAAGUCAUGUUGACUGUCUUUCGGGCGAACACGAGGGCUGUUGACUGGUAUACCAAGUUGGGCUACCAAGAAGACGACUUCUCACCUGGUCCUCGGAAACUCAGAAAUGGCACAGUGAAGGAACCAAGCUACAUCAUCCUGUCGAAGCAAUUGAAGCGCUGA